CAUCUACUCACUAACUUCACUCUGAGCUAGAGAUGUCUAUCAGGAAAGCAACACAUGCCGAUUCAUGGUAUGUCGGUGAUCGACAGAAGCUCGAUACAGAGCUGUCGGCAUACUUAGCGACUGUGAAAGCGGAUCCUGAGGAAGACUUCGUCCCUCCCAUCAAGGGAUGCAAGGCUAUUAUAGCACCCCAUGCAGGAUAUUCUUACUCAGGACCCACGGCAGCAUGGGCAUACCGAAGCAUAGAUACCACAGGAAUCAAGCGCGUCUUCAUAUUGGGUCCCUCACAUCAUGUCUAUCUGGAUGGCUGUGCGUUGUCGAGCUGUAAGGAGUAUGAGACACCCUUAGGCGUCUUGCCGCUUGAUCUAGACACCAUCAACGAGUUGCGAGAAACGGGCAAGUUCGGCGACAUGGACAUCCAGACAGACGAAGACGAACAUAGCAUCGAGAUGCAUCUUCCGUACGUUCGGAAAGUUUUUGAAGGACUUGAGAUUUCUGUAGUUCCCAUCCUCGUUGGGGCCAUCAACUAUGAUAAAGAAGCAAUGUUCGGUGCGAUCCUAGCGCCUUACUUAGCUCGCGAGGAUACCUUUUGCGUCGUCUCCAGCGAUUUCUGUCACUGGGGUGCCCGUUUUCAGUAUACCUUCUACUAUCCAAAACCCCCUCCAACCUCGUUGCCUGCCGUCCGCCUGUCAAAAGCGGAUCCUUCUCCACCCUCUUUGAAAACGCACCCGAUACAUGCGUCCAUCUCUGCGCUUGAUCACGAAGCAAUGGAGAUACUCACCAUCCCGCCAUUCACGGCUGCGCAGGCACAUUAUGACUUCGCCGAAUAUCUCGCGCGGACAAAGAAUACUAUUUGCGGAAGACAUCCUAUUGGUGUCUUACUGGGUGCGCUGACUGCGCUGCAGAAAGAAGGGAAGGUGCCGAAGUUGAAUUGGGUCAAGUAUGACCAAAGCAGCCAAUGCUUCACGAUCAAGGACUCCAGCGUUAGCUACUCGAGUGGUUAUGUCAAAUUCUAACGACACGGACGGUUGUAGUUCUGGGAUCGUAUACAGAUCCAAUGUUCAGGAAUCAAUGUAAUAUUAGCCUGUACAGUUCCGAAUGUGAUUCCACAUGGAAUUCUGAAAACUGUU